ACACCCCUGAAGGUAUACUGUAACCUUAACAAGGAAAGGCUAGAACAAUGAGUUUCGUCAUACUUUUUUGUGUUGUGGGAUGUAUGAUACCAAACUUGGUAAUUUCCACCAACCAGUCGGCGACCAAGUCGUGCUGUGCAGCCAACGGUGUACCAGGUGUCCCCGGAGUGCCCGGACUCAAUGGAAGAGAUGGGGCCAAGGGGGCCCGAGGACCUGUCGGAGCACCCGGCCCUAAGGGCCCUCCAGGGCCUAAAGGAAGUCAGGGAACAAAGGGCGAGCAGGCCCAGGCCCCUCCGAAAAACUGGAAACAAUGUGCGUGGAAUAAUCUUAGUGAUGGAAGAGACUAUGGACUGAUAAAGGACUGCAUUUUUAUCAAGAAAGCCGAUGAUACAGCCUUGAAAGUGGAGUACAACGGUGACCUCAGGUUAGGUUUCUGUCUGGAUUGCUGUAAGCGCUGGUAUUUCACCUUUGACGGUGUGGAAUGUAACGGUCCGCUCGCCAUUGAUGGUCUUAUUCACAUCCACGUAAACCACGGCAAAACAGACAGCAACAUGCACAGAGUGCAUUACAUUGGAGGUUAUUGCCAGGGAAUUUCCGCAGGAGCCGUCCGAGUGGGAAUCAAUGUGGGGGACUGUGUGGGGAAGAAAUCUGGGUCUGAUGCCUAUACUGGGUGGAACUCCGUGAUGCGGAUCAUGAUCGAGGAGGUGCCUCCACCACAGAAAUAGCUUCAAAGAAACGCAGGAAGAAAGAAGACUUAACUGACUUUUUAACUCUCGCUGCUAUCACGUUAUGAAAGUGAAUAGGCUUGCUUACAGCUCGAUGUAAAGUAGAGACAGGUUAUUAGUGUAAUAAACCUGGGUAUUUAUGCUUCAGCUAAUAAAAGCUUUUGAUU